UGUGACGCCUGCAUUUGGCGCCAUAGUUCCAAGAGGGAAGCAGCUGUCCGCCGCACAACUCUUGACACAAAACACAGUAAAAAAGCCGUUCUUCAAUGCGAUUUUGGGGAUAUACUCGAGGUUUUUCCACGUCUUCGAAGAUUUGAACUGUGUUCUCAAACCCCUGUUUUUUGCUAUCUACGAUGUUUGUCACGGACAUACGGAAGGAAUUUUAUGAAGUGGUGGCCAACCAGAGAGUGGCGCUCCUGGUGGCGUCAGAUAUCGACGCUCUGUGCGCCUGUAAAGUACUUCAGGCCUUGUUCCACUGCGACCAGGUUCCAUAUACCCUUGUGCCGGUGGCAGGAUGGCAGGAUCUUGGCACUUCCUUCCUCGAACACAAAGAGCAAUUCAAGUACUUUGUUCUCAUCAACUGCGGUGCCAACGUAGACCUUCUUGAGAUGCUGCAGCCGGACGAUGACUCUAUCUUCUUCAUUUGUGACACUCAUCGGCCAGUGGAUGUUGUUAAUGUUUACAAUGAUUCUCAGAUAAAACUUCUGAUAAAACAGGAUGAUGACUUGGGCGUGCCUUCCUAUGACGAAAUCUUUCGUGAUGAUGAUGAGGAGGAGGAAGGCGAAGACUCCGGGAAUGAAAGUGACGAAGGGUCCGAGCCAUCUGGCAAGCGGAGGAGAUUUGAUGAGGGGGCUGUUGAGAGAAGAAUAGAGAGGCAACGGGAGAAGAGGGAGUGGGAAGCACGCAGGAGAGAAAUCUUGUUUGAUUACGAGCAAUUUGAAUACCACGGGACUUCUGCAGCAAUUAUGUUUUUUGAGCUGGCCUGGAUGUUGACUAAAGACACUAAAGACAUGCUCUGGUGGGCUGUCAUCGGACUUACAGAUCAGUGGAUUCACGAUAAAAUCACACAUAUGAAGUAUGUAACCGACAUCGCCACAAUGCAGCGACAUGUUUCCCGGCAUAACCACCGUAACGAGGAUGAGGAGAACUCCCUUUCCAUUGACUGCAUGAGGAUCUCCUUUGAGUACGACCUGCGUCUCACCCUCUACCAGCACUGGUCUCUGUACGAUAGCAUCUGCAAUUCAUGUUACACCUCCUGCCACUUCAAACUUUGGACGUUGAACGGCCAGAAGAAGCUGCAGGAGUUCUUGGCUGACAUGGGUUUGCCUCUGAAGCAAGUGCGGCAAAAAUUCAUCUCCAUGGACUUGUCCAUCAAAGAGAACCUGCGGGACGUCAUUGAAGAGUCUUCUAAUAAAUAUGGCAUGAAAGAUAUCCGUAUCCAAACAUUUGGUGUCCACUUUGGUUUCAAAAACCGUUUCCUGGCCAGCGAUAUGGUGCACUCUACCACCGCGCUACUGGAGAGCACGGAAAAGGAUGAGAGUGACACAGAUAACUUCAUCAAGGCACUGGAUUCUCUUUCAAGGAGUAACCUGGAACGUCUGCACUCAGGCAUGGACCUGGCUAAGAAGAAGCUGAUGGCCAUACAACAAACUGUUGCUAGCUGCAUUUGCACCAACCUCAUUUUGUCUCAGGGACCGUUCCUCUACUGCUAUCUCAUGGAGGGCACCCCGGAUGUAAAGCUUUUUUCAAAGCCCAUGGCCUUGACUUUGCUCUCCAAGUACCUCCUUAAAGCAUUUGUCCAUUCAACAAGGAAUAAGCGAUGCAAACUGCUUCCUCUCAUCAUGGCUGCUCCUAAAGAUGUUGAGAAAGGGACCAUCCUCAUCGUGGGAAUCCCACCUGAGACCGAGACCUCCGAUAAGAAAAAUUUCUUUGGCAGAGCAUUUGAGAAAGCUGCAGAGAACACCAGUUCCAGAAGUCUCCAUGACCACUUUGACACAUCCAUCAUUGAACUGAAGACAGAAGACCGCAGCAAGUUCUUGGACGCACUCAUCACCCUCCUGUCCUGAAACUUUCAUUUAUGUGAGUGUGACUGAAAUAUUUUAACAAGUCUGAAUGCUGUUUGUCCGGUGUGAAGUGAGUAGCGCUAAUCUGAGUAUUUUUUUUUUUUUUAGUUUUUUCCUGUUUUUUUAUCUGUGUAUAUUGUACAGUGAGUUUCUAAUUGUGUGGAUGAUUUUAUUGGUUCUCUUAAAUACAGGACAUUUGCCAUUUUA